GCUUGCAAAACACGACGAGGCAGAGGAGUUUCUUUCCCCUACGGCAAAUGUAUAGCUAACUACAUAAAACCCAGUAGCUAUAUCGAUUGUGCUUCUCUGGAUGUUUAAAAAUCUACUACCCAACGUACCGUGCCUCUAUGCGCAAUUAUGGAGGAUCUGCAAGACUCCAGUUUCACUGGCCCCAGUGCCAUUAGUAUUGCUGCAGAACUGAAAGACACCUUCUACUUCAAGCUUGUCGAUGACUUCUUUGGACCACAGACUGGUGAUUUAUUGGAUCUAGAUGAAAAGCCCUGCACAAACCAGCUCCUAGUUCAAGUUGGACUAAUGAGAGAAGAGAAUGAUCUUUCAUGGGUUAAUGUAGUAAAAUGGCUUCAAAAGAUUUUUCCAAUGUUCCAAUCUGCAGAUUUCCAUUGUUUGAUUGAAAGGAAUACUGAAACAGCUAUGAGUUUAACUGGAGAUGCCAGACAAAGCUUUCUGGAGUCAGAUAUUAACUUUGAAUUUGUUGGCCCUAUAUGUGAUAGCAUUGGCAUUGGAAGGACUGAUUUGCUAGAAAUGUCUGAUUUUUCUGAUCGAGCAAAGUUAACAGAUGUUACUAAUGGUCUGAUGCUGGAGUUGACAAACUUUAUUGCAAGAGAAAAAAUUGACCCAAUUGUCUUAGUGUCAUGGCUUCGUAACUUUGAUCCAACUUUCUGCAGUGAUGGCAAAAUCCAAAAGGCCAACAAGCUGCUUCAGACCAGUCUACAAAGGUUCAGGAUACAAUACAGAAACAACCAGAGAAGCAGAAACAGGAAGAGUGGUUUGUUUGAUGAAUUCCUUCAAAGUCAGUUUGACCUCACUCCUGAUCUGGAAGACUCGGAAUUCAGGAGGGUGGCAGUAAUCAAAAGACAUUUGAAAAAGAAACGCCUGAAGUUGGUCCAAAAAAAAUCUAAUUUCCAAACCGCUAAAAUCAAACAGGAAAACCAACUUUUUGAUAUCUCAGACACUCAAGCUGAGCAUAAUUUGUCUCCUGGUUCUCAAAAGCACAAAGGUAAAUUGUUAUCUGACAGUGUUUUUGACUCCUACCAAACAAUUACUGUGAAACAGGAACAUGAUAUCCAGAGUAUAAGAUCUGUGCAGACAGAAGUGCUGGACCCUGAAGGAAACCCCCGGACUGACACAGGCGACUGUCUAACCCUGCUUGAUAUUUCUGUUCUAUCUUUGCAAAAGCUUAUGGAUAUGUAUGGAGACAAGAAUGAAGGUGCUAAGGUGGUGUCUAUGGAUCUCCUCAAAAAUCAGUUUUCUGUAAUGUUGAAAGAGGAUUCAAAAAUGAAUUCCUUGAAUGAGAUCGUCAUGUCUCAUGCCUCGAACGAAGACAACCCUCAGCCUGCUGUGCCUCCAUUGCAUUUUCUUCACUGUAACACCCAUUUCCUUCUUGACUUUGUUGAUGCCGUUGAGAAGCAGGUGAUGUCAUUUGAAAGGGAAAUUGUGACCACAACAGGAGAUAAGCUUGGACGCGACAACAACCCAAGGUUCCAAAGUUUUCUGAACUUUGAUGAGAGCGCUGUCACCCGUUACAUCCAUAUGGUUUGUGAAAUCUUGUGCUCAAAAGGGGAAACCAACAACAGUUAUCGACGGCACUGGCUUGCCUUUUGCAUUGAAAGAAAUAAUCCUUCUACGCUACCCAUUAAUCAGUCAAAUAGAUUCAUUAACUAUUUUGAGGCUGCAGCAGCACUUGUGCACCAUUAUAGAGAUGUUGCGUUAUUUGUGUCUGACCUGCAGCUGUUGACUGAUGAUUCAAAUAUUAUUCUGGAUAGUGUCAGUAAUGAUGCCAGUGAUGAAGCUAUACAGACUCUAGUCUGUGUUGUUGCUAUCGUGUACUGUAAAGUCUUGGGUCCCUUUUGGCAGCUCCUGAAGAGUGAUGCACAAUAUGUGCUCUUCAGUAAGUACAUUUUCUGCCUUUAUGACAAGCUCCUACAGUGGUCUGAAGAUGCAUCUGUUCUCUUGGAACCUGAGAGUGGGGCCAAUGUGUUUCUCCAGAUUCCAGUGCAAGAGAGAAAUUUUCCAGGGGUAUUCAUGUUCUGCCAUGCAAAUUCAAGUAACCAGUAUGGGACACUAAUGAAGGCAUGUUUGCAGAGGAUGAUGAAGGUCCUUGCAGCAGUGGUAGAGGAAAAUCUUAAAGAUUUCUUGCCUGGGGGCAGAUACUGCAAAGAACCUUCAUUGGAACUUGCGGAACAAUUAGCAAGCUGUACAUUUUCUCAGCUAAUGGGUGAGUAUCCAUUUGGUCAUGCAUACCCCUACAGCAAAAACAGACCAGAUAAAACUCAUGUCCAUGCUGAUGACAGUAUAUCGGAGGAAUUGGAUAGGCCGCCUACUCCUCCACCCCUGAAGAACACCACUUCACUUGGAGUUCCCGCUGGUACCACCCUAAGGCGUAAUGCAUCCAAGCCAUAUGUGAUGUUUGAAAGGGCGAAUUUGCGACCACUGGAGAGAAUGAAAAAGAAGAGGCUGAAGUUGAUGGACAAAAGGCAGAGAUCUCAAAGGCAAGACCAACUUUACAGGAAAAUGGUUCUCGCUGCGGUGGCUAAAAAUGGUGGCCCAUGCAAGAGUAUUCAGGAUGUUGAUCGAUUGCUUGCGAGAAUGAAAGGAACAAGCAAUUCUCAAACGCGAGAGGUCCUCCGCUGUGAGCUCAACUACCAGAAGUUUAUUGUUGGCUCCAGAGACACACAGCUCAAUCACAUAGGCUUCUCUUUGUCUGACAUGAUAAACAAACUGAAAGAUGUCUUGCCAUGUGAGAAAAUGACGAGCUUAAUCACUAAACCAACUGAAAAUAUUGUCAUCCAUGUUGAGAGCAAUGUAGAUCAAUGUAGCACCACAGCACCAUCUGCACCAAAGCCACAGGAAAACUCCAUGAGUCAGCCAAAUGAGGAUUUCAGCAGAGGAGUUGACGUGGGGAGUAGAGGCAGAGCAGUAGUCUUUCAGAGCCAUAGGGAGAACAUUUUUGAUGAGUUAUCACCCAUUUCAUAGAUCAAUGUUAACAUGAACAUUUUUUUUUUAAUUGUUAUACCCAAACAAGUCUUUGUUUGUUUGGGUUUUUUGGGUAAUGCCACUAUGUGGGCUUAUUUGCUUCAGUAGAAGGUCACUGGUUUUUUUUUUUGGUUUUUUUUUUUUUUAGCAUAUUCUUAUUUCCUGUAUUCUUAAUAAGUAACAUGUUUGCUUUUCAAACUUAUUUUUCUAUAUUGCAUAUGUGCUUAUUGCCAAUAAAACCAUGUAUAAAUAAGUA